GUUGGGGCUUUGGCGCUCAGGCGACGAUGCUCCCCGAAAAACUGAGGAACAUUUUUUCAGUUUGCAGUUGGAACUGGUAGAGUUUAGUUAGGUGACGGCAAUCGCGUGCUUUCGCAUUUCCAUACAGAGGAAUUAUUCUGGGCCCGGUGGUAUUAGCGUUGAAAAUCGCGAAGGGAAGGCCACUUGCCAGUCCCUGAUCACUCCCUUGGAAAUUUCACAGAAAAUUGAGUUGCACACCUUUCGCGGUCGGGUGUUCCCUUUGUCGGCGGCUUAGGAGGUCCUGCAGGUUUUCUAGGCGGGUGUAGUGGUUCGCCGUCCGCGCUGAUUUCUUGCCCUUUUCGGAUGCUUAAUGACCGUGUCGUCGUUAGUCAUUUCGUCUGGUAGGUGACCUUUGUGAAUGUGACUUUGCGCUAAAUGGACAAUUUGCUUAUGGAAAGUGCUGUCUUAUAGAUAUAAAUGAAUAAAGUCGACACCAGCGGUCACUUCCCACUUUAUUGAACCAAUUAUCUGGUUAUAAGUUCCAAUUGUUCCUUGUUGGGUGGUGAUCAUAAAAUUGCAUUUAUAUUUGGUUGAGUGUUUGAAUUUGUAAUAAUUUAACGAACUUCCUGUGAGGGUGACGAAAGUGAAUUAACCAAAAAGGUAAAGUCCUGAAAAGGGUCAAAACGUUGCACGGAGACGUGUGCGCCUUGGGCAUCUUAUCGAAUCGAUAACGUUGGGAAAUCUGCAAGUUGCCUGCUUUCGGCCGCAGUUAGCCAUCGCUUGAACUCGUGCUAGGAUUUACAAAAGGACACAAUGGCGGGCUUUGCAUCCCAAGCGGCGUUACGUUCGAAAUGGGGUGAUCUGGUUGAGAGUGGAUCAACAGCCCUUCCUGAAGCAUCAGAGGUUACCCAGGGUUUAAAAAAUGUUGUCGGCUGGUUGAAGCAGGCAUCAAUUGAAGUCCGGGAAGCUGGCAAGCGUGCGGUGACUCAACUACAAUCAACUAAUCCAAGCCUAAUUGCAUCGUCCAGUUUCGAUUCCGGUGGUGGAGAGGAUUCUUUAUCACCGGAUAAUAUAGAAACCAAACCAAAACAGAAGUCCGUUAACAUUUCGCCAAUUAGCCAAUUAGAGAAAAGUAAAAUUUUAAGCAACAUGACCGAGACGAAACCUCUGACCAUUUUACACUACAACGAUGUCUACAAUAUUGAACCGAACUCGACGACGGAGCCGAUUGGAGGUGCUGCACGGUUUUGUACCGCAAUGAAGUCAUUUAAGGACUCGGAUCCACUGGUGCUGUUCAGCGGAGACGCAUUUUCACCAAGCAUGUUGAGCACAUACACAAAUGGCGAACAGAUGGUUCCAGUGUUGAAUGCCGUCGGGACACAUUGCGCAGUAUUUGGCAAUCACGAUUUCGACCAUGGUUUGGACGUGUUAAUGGAUCUUAGUAAAAAGACUGAAUUUCCAUGGCUUAUGUCAAACGUAGUUGAUAACGAAACAGGACGUCCCCUCGGCGGUGGUAAAAUUACUCAUUUCCUUUAUCAUAACCAAACAACGAUUGGCCUAAUCGGCUUGGUUGAAAGAGAGUGGCUAGAAACGUUACCUACUAUUGAUCCAAAGGAAGUCACCUACAUUGAUUUCGUCAAAGCAGGAAACCAACUUGCCGAGGAACUUCGUAAUGAAGGAUGUGAAAUUGUUAUAGCAUUAACGCAUAUGCGAACCCCCAACGAUGUAAUUUUAGCUCAAAACUGCUCAAAUAUUGAUCUCAUUUUAGGAGGGCAUGAUCAUGUCUUUGAAAUAACGAAGGUUAAUAAUAUUCAUAUUAUCAAGUCAGGAACUGAUUUUCGGCAGUUUUCGAAGAUAAGUAUAGACAAGGAUCGCGAUGAAAAGGGGAAAAUACAGGUGAAAGUGGAAGAAGUGAAUGUUACUUCGGACUACGAAGAGGAUAAAGAAUUGAGCGCAGAAUUAGCGAAAUAUUCAGAAAUGAUCGAAUCAAAGAUGACCGAAGUGUUGGGAACAUUUAGUGUCGAAUUGGAUGGACGAUUCUCGAAAAUCAGGACGAGUGAAACCAAUCUUGGUGACUGGGUGUGCGAUGUUGUUUUAUCGGCGACUGGAGCUGAUGUAGUCAUGAUCAAUUCGGGAACAUUCCGAUCAGAUCAAAUACAUCCACCAGGACCAUUUACUAUGAAGGACUUAGUCAAUAUUAUUCCAAUGCGCGAUCCUUUAAUAGUGAUCGAAAUAUCAGGAAAGGUUCUUUUAGCAGCCUUAGAGAACUCGGUGUGCAAUUUUCCAAAGUUGGAGGGCAGAUUUCCACAGGUUUCAGGCAUGACUUUCGCAUUCGACCCAUCGAAACCAGCAGGGCAACGGGUUGACUCUCGACUUGUACAAAUUGCCGAUGAAUGGCUCAAUUUAGACCAAAUUUACAAAGUUUGUAUUAAAAAUUAUAUGUACUUGGGUUGUGAUGGAUACACAAUGUUCAAGGAUGCCUCAAGGGUGGUGAUGGAUGACGACUCAUGUCCAGAAUUAGGGCUCGCAAUACAAAAUCAUUUUAAGGCUAUUGACGUUCGAAUGGGUAAAGGUCGACAUUCAAAACAUCGGCAAUCUUUAGUUACCUUAUCACGAAGACAUAGUAUGGUGCAAAUGCUGGACAAUUUAGAUUUAGAUGGGCCAUCACCAAUUCGGAAACUGUCACUGGCACACAGAGCAGCUUCCAUUGAUCAUACAACGAGUAGCUCCAAGAUGCUACGCCGAGCUUCACUGGACGAUUUGGAACAAGUAAGCUGUCAACUAGCACCCGCAGUACAACAUCGAAUCAUCGAAAUCAAAAACGAAGAACAUUUCAAACAACUUUUACUCAAACGCGAAUCACUGGUCAAAAAUUCGAUCAUAGCUGAAGCGGACGAUGAAUAAAUGACUGAUAUAAUAUGUAUGGAACUAAUGCGAAAUUAUACAUCAAAUUUUAAUUCGUUUAUAAAUAAACUUUUUAUAAGAAAGUUAAGUUAUAUGAUAAUACCAAAUGGAAAGUCAACAUCACCCAAUUUAUAAGUUAGGAUAUUUAAGGAGAAUGCAACCGCACACAAUCAAGCACAAAGCUAACACCUAAGGCAAGCAAAUUCAAUUUCUUUCUUUCUUUUUAAAAGGAUACCAACAAAAGUUUACUCAAGUUUACUCAAAUUAAAUCAAUGUUAAAAUGUCAACAAUGCUCACUCUUUUCUGAAAUUUUAAUAUUAUUUGAUAGUCCUGAAAAGCAUCAUAAAUUGCUUCUAGAAUUUUUAAGGAUAAUUAAAAAUCUUCAAUGGCUAACGUCCCUGCGGAAUCUGCGGUGCCCGAUUUGGGCAAGCGUAAGCCUCUCGAUCUUUUGCCCCGGGUACUAAUCGCCAUUUCUUGCCUGUACAGCAAAAAGGAAAGAAGAAAUACCAUCAUCAAUUUCGUAUUGUCCAAGGUGUCUGGAAUUCAUUUAGUAUUUUUUUACGAUUGAAUCUUUAGUCAAUUCGUAAAAUGACAAUUCAUUCUCUUCCGCGUUUGCAAAAAAAAUACGAUUUUUUUGUUUCCAUGAACAAAUUAGCAACGGAAAACCUCCUCCUACCUCCCCUCAUAUAUAGAAAAUUCGAAGAAUACUCUCAAUUUAGUGAACUUAUGUUAGCUCCUCCAUAUUUGGAGCCCAUUCUAUGAAGAGUACAGUAAGUAGGCUUUCUGCUUGGAUGUGUGAUAAAAUUAAAUCUCAAUUUCUUUGUGAAAGAAAAUAUUACUCUAGAAAGUCCUUCUAGAGAUCACUCAUAAGUAUAUUUUUCUAAAAUAGAAAACUCCUAAGAAAAUACUGCUUUUUUAAAGACUCAAUGUUCGUUGAUUUAUUUAUUCACUUUAAAUAUUUUCAAAAUGUAAUUAUCUUUAUCGUAGCAAAUUUAGGGCUAGUUUCACAUUUAUAGUCAAAUAUUGUACCAGUGGCAAGAGAAGAAAUCAAGAGAAUGUUAUUUAUUUAUAAUAAAAUCGUUUUAGGGUCAUUCCUCAUAUAUUCUGAGGAAUCCUUGAUUAAAUAAUUCAGUUUAUAUGAAUGGGUUCGGGACAGGUGCAGAUGGAAAGAUAUUUCUAUGUCUCUUAUAUUCUCAAUAUCGAUAUUCCUUGUAUCGGUUCUGUUUUAAAGCUUAAAAUCACCAUAAUGUUUACCUUGAACUAUUCAAACAAACCCUCUUAUCCUGAUACCACUUUGUUACGAGAAUAUUUGUUAGCGGCUCAAUUGCCCAAGCGGCAUAUGCACAUGUUAAUGAUGAAGCUUUUUUGUAUUUUUUAAUAGUUAAAUAAGAAAAUUCGUUUUUUGUAUAGAUGUAAGAAUAAGAUAACCUUCCAAUCGGCAUAUUUUAAUAUUUUCGAACAAUGUUUAGGUAAUUUGUUAGUAAAUCCUUGUACCAUACACAUGUACCACUUCGUAGUGAUAGUAGGCCUAAAUUAAAAAUGACCGAUCAAAGUACCCUAUGCAAAUAAUAGUAAUAAAACUUAUUAUACGCGACAUUAUUGCAAUCUUAAUGUGGCUUGAAUCUAACAUUUAAAAAGCUUUAACCUAAAAGAAACUUAAAGUAAUACUUGUUAUAAAAUACCUUUAACACAUUUUAACAUUAUUAGCAACGAAAGGAUAUCAUAAUGGCAAUUAUAUGUAAAUUCAUUCUUUCAUUGAAAAACAACUUUCCAAGAAAACCUAAGCCCGUUUUCAGAAUACAAAAAUUAAUAGGAAAAUUGGCUGAACUAUUCAAUGUUCCUCUAUUUAAUUGACUACAAGACAAGGGAUUUGUUUCUCUAGCAGAAAACAUUUUACAAACAAUCCUGAUCCAAAAAUGUUUCCUGUGUAGCUUCUCAAAACACAACUAUUGACUACUAGAUAGCAAUGACAAAAGAUAUUACACUGUGCCUCCACAUAUAUGUCCCACAGAUAGUUUAAAACAGAAUUAUCAGUAUCAGUAGUGAAAUGAAAAUUUAGAAACAAAUAUUUUGUAGUAAAAGAUUAUACCAUAUUUUUUAUUUUCACGUCUUAGAGUGAGAAUAUUUAAUUAAUUAUUUUAAUAUUAACAUUUAUCCACAGAACGGUAUUCAGAAAAAGACAAAGAAAAUGAGAUACAUACGUACAUAUUUUAUUUAAAGAAUAAAUUAUCUUUCAAAUAUUAUAAUGGA